AAGAAGAAUACUGCAGCUGCCCUGCCCGCCAAUUUUGAAGGAUGUAAACAGUAGCGUCCAUCUUCGUGGUCGCGCUGCUAUGAAGAAAGCCAAGUUUACCUCGUAACGGCGAACAUUUCUUCGGCAGCGAUGAUGAAUUCCAGUGGAAGAGGAUCUGGCGAUUCAUCGCAACUUGCUGCCAGUGGUGACAGCGAUUCUAUCAAAGUUUUUGUGCGAGUGCGACCUCUGACCCAGGGCACCGGGCUGACCACAGAUGGAGACCAGAGUCUUUGUCUCACCGUCACCUCGCCCAACACCAUCCGUCUGCUCUCGAAACCCGAGCCGAGAACCUUCACCUAUGAUCAUGUCGCUGAUAUGGACACAUCUCAGGACUCUGUGUUCUCCAGUGUGGCUAAGAAUAUUGUUGAGUCUUGCAUGAAUGGAUACAAUGGUACUAUAUUUGCUUAUGGACAAACGGGCUCAGGGAAAACAUUCACCAUGCUUGGACCAUCUGAGCUGGAUAACUUCACAGAUGAACUCCGGGGGGUUAUUCCUCGGAGUUUUGAAUACCUAUUUUUUCUCAUCAACAGAGAAGUGGAACGGUCUGCCCAGUCCAAGAGUUUCCUUUGCAAAUGUUCAUUUAUCGAGAUAUACAAUGAACAAAUUUAUGACCUCCUGGACACUGCCUCGGCCAGUCUUUUCCUGAGGGAGAACAUCAAGAAGGGUGUGUUUGUUGAGGGAGCUGUGGAGAAGUUUGUUAAUUCAGCUGCUGGAGCUUACCAGGUGCUGUCUAUGGGCUGGCGUAAUCGACGAGUAGCCUCCACCUCUAUGAACCGCGAGUCUUCGAGGUCUCACGCAGUGUUCACCAUGACUUUGGAGUCCAAAGAGUCCAUCAAUGAUGUGGUGAACAUCCGAAUGUCUCAGCUGAACCUGGUGGAUCUGGCAGGAUCUGAGAGGCAGAAAGACACUCACACAGAAGGCUCCAGACUCAAGGAGGCCAGCAGUAUAAAUCGCUCCCUCAUGUGCCUUGGUCAGGUGAUCAUGGCACUGGUGGACGUGUCCAAUGGGAAGAACCGCCACAUCUGCUACAGGGAUUCUAAACUCACCUUCCUGCUUAGGGACUCUCUUGGAGGGAAUGCAAAGACGUACAUCAUAGCCAAUGUACAUCCUGGUUCAAAGUGUUUUGGAGAAACCUUGUCGACCUUGCAGUUCGCCCAGAGGGCUAAGUUGAUCAAGAAUAAGGCCGUCAUCAACGAAGACACACAGGGAAAUGUGAGGCAGUUACAGGCGGAGGUGAAGAAACUCAAGGAGCAGCUUGUGCAGGCGCUCGCCUCUCAUACAGUGGGCUAUGGGAGAGAUAGUGCACCAGGAGGACCUGAACUUCCCAUGGGCCCAUCUGCUGAAAUUCAACAUGACUUCUUCUAUAAAGCAAAGUUCAUGGCUGCUGUUCGUCUGUGGAGGAAACGAGAUGAGGAGAAGAGGAUGCUGCUCGAGAAGGUAGCUCAGCUCGAGGAGGCCUGGACACAAAAAGACAAGUUCAUCCAUUCCAGCCGAAUGAUUGUGAGGUUUCGAGAAGACCACAUCUGUCGGCUGGAGAAGAAACUGAAGGCAGGACCGAACCAGUUGUCAGACGAGGAGUCUCAGGCUCUGAUUGACCAGCUGAAAGAAGAGAUUAAGAUCUUGAGAGAUCAGGUUGAUCAUCAUCCGAAGAUGACUCGAUAUGCGGCUGAGAACUUCAGCCUCAGAGAGGAGAACCGGCAUCUGCGUUCUCUUGAAUCGGUAGUGAGAGCUGAAGAAGGUGUGGCCCAAGUUGCAGCUGAGCUGGAAGAGGCCUUCGAGACGGCUAUGGAGUCAGAGAGAGGCGCGGAAACAGCCUCCUCAACCCCUGCGGCUGCAGAAAGUGUUUCAACAGCUACGAUGGAGAGGCUGAAGGCUCAGCUGCUUCAGAAACAGUCUGACCUCACAGCUGCCCUUCGGGCCUUUGAGGAAUACAGAGAAGUCACCAAGAAACAGAUGUCUCAGCUGGAGUCUGACAAAAGAUACCUGGACAAGUCCAACAGGCAUUUGGAAAAUAUUUUGGAGGCCACGAACGCUUACAAGAAACAGGAGGUCUCUGAGCUGAACAGAAUUCAUGUUGAAACUAUAAAGAUUCUCACCACCCCCACAAAAGCAUACAACUUGCGGUCCCGACUUGUGCCCCUCUCCAGCCCGGACCACCUGAAUGGGACGGACAACAAUGCAGAUGACAUUUGGGAUGAGCAGCCGCCUUCAGACAUGGCCGAGAUGGCCUUGACUGAGGAACUGCGCCAAGUGCAGGAGCAAGCCAGUCGUGUCCAGUCACAGCUGAAUGACGAGGAACUAAACAACAGCAAGCUGUUGCAGCAAAUUGCGAAACUUGAAGAGCAGAUCGCUGUGAUGUCACAAGAGUCUCGCCAUAAGGAUGAGCAACUCUCUUCUGAGAGAGCUAACAGGAGCACAGAUCAGCUCAGCCUGCAAGAAAUGAUCAGUGAACUGCAACAAAGCCUUCAGUCUGAACAACAAGCCUCAGGCGUGCUGAGGAGUGAGAUCUCUGAUCUGCGCCUGGUGCUGCAGUCGUCCGAUAAGGAGCUGGCUGCUGUGAAGGACAAGUUAAGUGAUGAGCAGAGGGAGCAGCAGAGAGAGACGAGUCAGCUCUCCAACAGUCUGAUCAGCACACAGCUCCAGCUCGACAAAGUCCAAUUGGAGUGGGAGCAGCUUCUGGAGCAGCAUCGGACAUUGCAGGAUUCAUUUGACCAGCUCCAAGCCGAGGCCAAGUUUGAGGCUGAUCAGUCGGGACAUCAGCUGCAGGAGAGGCAGCAGCAGAUUGACGGACUGAAAGCACAGCUCAUGGAAUUGAAUGUUUCUCUUCAAAAUGAGCAAGUGCACACCAGCACCCUGAUCUCACAGUUGAGAGAAAACAAAGAAAGUACAUCAAAAGAACUCACUGAAACUGUGGAGCAAAAUACACAACUCAGAAAACAAGUCUCCGACCUGACGGCACAUAAUCAACAACAGGCAUCAAAGCUUGUCGAUCUUGAGCAAAAUCUAACCUCUACCAAUGAACUCAUAAAGGGUUUGGAGCAAAAGAUUGAACAGGAUAAAGAUGUUGUCCUAGAUCUGAUCAAUCAAACCAGAGACCUCCGCUCGGAGCUAAUCCAGAAGGACCAGACCAUUACCCACCUGUCUGGCGAUAUUAAAGACAUCACGGCCAAGUACAAUGCUGCCUGCCUCGAUAGGGAGGAUAUCAGGGAGCAAAAUGCUAAAGUGAAGACAGAAAUCUGUGACCUGCAAGAAGCUUUAGACAGAAGUUUGGCGUCCAACAAGAUAGAGGUUGAGGUGUUGCAGGAGGAGGUGGCUUAUGCCACUGAGGAGGUCGAGAGACUCACAAAGGUCUUGGACGAGCAGAACGGCCUCCUCCAAGCAUCUCAAGAGCAAACAGCCCAGAAGGAUGUCACAAUAGAGAAUCUACAGCAGAAGGUGCAACAACAGCAAGAAGCUGUUGAGAAAAUAAUCAGGAAUGGAAGUUUCAAACCCCUCGUUGAGCCGACGGUCACACCUAAAUCAUUACCUCGGACUCCUCGAACUCCAGGCAGCUUCAGCAGGGAUCUGACCCAGGUGCUAGAGAGCCAGGAGAGGGAACUGGAGAAUCGACGCACCUCCAUGAUGACCAUGGAGAUUCUUUUAGCAGAGCUGAAUGCUGAGAGGGCUGCCAAGAAUGAGGAGAUCCAAAGACUGAAGAUGCAACUCACUGAGAAAGAGAUGGUCCGACUGGAAAUCCAGAGCUUGCUUGACAAGUUUUAUACCAAGCAGAGCCAGCUGCCACAGAACGGAAAUAAUGGUGGGGAGUUGAAUGAUGCCAUCAAGCAGUCUAUUCUUAAAGAACUGCAGGACGAGAGAGCAGAGAAGAGCAGCAUAACGCAGAAGCUGACCAAUACUCAAAAAAGAAUGCAGGCACAGGAGUCCAUGUUGGCUCAGUCUCAGACCUGCGUUCAGGAGCUGACCACAGAGCUGAGGAACCGCUGUUUAGAGCUGAGAGAGCUGAAUCAGAGGAUUCAUGAUGAGGACAAACUACUGCAGGAAAACGAGGUUCUCCGUAAGCAGAUCGCUAAGCUGUCAGAGGAGAAUGGAAAACUUGUUGGUCAUAAGAACCACAAACAGAGGAUCGAAUAUCUGGUGAAGCUAAAAAAGGACAAUACCAAACUCCAAGAGGAUAACGAAAAGCUCCGCACAGAGAUUACCCUAAUGCGAGACAACGCUGGAGAUGAUUUAAAUCCCUCAUUUUCAAGUGUUUGAAUGGAGGUAAAUUUGCAUUUAUCCCUGUCAAAACAUUUUUUAUUUUAUUUUAAUUUUUUUUUCACUUUGUUGAUUUUUGUCAACUCAUUUAAUGGUUCAUUGUGAUUCAUGAUUUUGAUAUUUUUUUAAUUCAGGAAAUGUGCAGUUAUGAUUUUGCUAAUGACAAGUGUUCAUGUUAUUACACCUCUUACAGUUUUUGCCUGGAGGCACAUUCUACCUUGUCACUAAUCUGCUAUUGCAGUACCAUUAUUCCAGCUCCAUAUUUUCAUGGUCUUUUUUGAAUGUACUACACCUCUCAUGUUGUUCACAGACUACAUGGAAAUUAAAACAAUGCUGAAUAACAUCUUAAUGUGAAAACUGGACAUCUUACAUGUUAAUAAUAUUUCUGGUGCUUAUUUCUGAUGCUGUGAUUGCAGUUGUUGUCUGACCAUGAGUUGUAUUGACAGUAUUUUGUUAGUUAUGCAUUUUUACCAUCAUACUGAGGUGUAGAGCCGAUGUCUUUUUAGCAUAAUGAACUUUUUAUAUACUGUAAUUAAAAAUAUUUUUCUACCUAGUAAA